AUGGCAGUCAAUCACUUCAGAAACAAGCGCCAGGCGCACACCGUCAGCCGCUCCAGCUCCGACCAGACCUGGAACCCCUUCCGGCACGUCACUUGGGGCGGCGACAGGGCGGCGCGCGCAGAGACCUGGAGCGCUCGUAACCUCGAGCAUCAGCCCGUCGAGCCUUUGGCCCACGCCGCUACCGACCCGUCCCCGCCCAGAAUCGCCAUGCCCAGCGGCCUCGAAUCCACAAACCUCAUGCCCGACGCGUCCAAACAGCCCGGCGAGUAUGCCAGGUCCGGCAGCAGGGCCGGCAGCGAGGCCAAGUCGCCCUCGCACCGCUCCCUCAACGCCGCAGGCCUUCGCAACAGAAGGCCCGAGGACGAGAGCACCACGGCCGUCAACGGCUUGCCCGCCCAGGCCCACGACUCCGCCCCCGACGACACCGAGGAGAGAAAGUCGGGCGCGAGCGACAACAACGGCUUGAUCCGCCAUGUCCAGCCCAAGACGCCCUUUACCGUCGCUAACCAGCUCCAGAGGACCUUUCUCAGCUCGUGGAUCAACGUCCUCAUCAUUGCCGCCCCCGUCGGCAUCGCCCUCAACUACGUCCCCUCGGUCGGCCGCGUCGUCGUCUUCGUCGUCAACUUCGUCGCCAUCGUGCCCCUCGCCGCCAUGCUGAGCUUUGCCACCGAGGAGAUUGCCCUGCGCACCGGCGAGACCCUAGGCGGCCUGCUCAACGCCACGUUUGGAAACGCCGUCGAGCUCAUCGUUGCCGUCAUCGCCCUCAACGACAACAAGGUCGCCAUUGUCAAGACGUCCCUCAUCGGCUCCAUCCUCUCCAACUUGCUGCUCGUCAUGGGCUGCUGCUUCUUCUUUGGCGGCCUCCGCCGCCAAGAGCAGUUCUUCAACACUACCGUCGCCCAGACGGCCGCCUCGCUCCUCGCCCUCGCCGCCGCCUCCGUUAUCGUUCCCUCCGUCUUUGAUGCCGCCCAGGACACGGGCCCCGAUAAGGUCGCCGCCCUCUCCCGCGGCACCGCCGUCAUCCUCCUGCUCGUCUACGCCGCCUACCUGCUCUUCCAGCUCAAGACGCACCAGACCGUCUUCAGCGAGCAGGGCCAGAAGGUGCCCGCCAAACCUUGGAGCCGCGCCAGCCUCGGCUCUGGCGCCAUCCGCCAGGGCUUCGCCAUGCCCGGCUCCCUCAUGGGCCACGGCAUGCCCCAUCAGUCCGAGAACGAGCGGCUGUCGAGGAUGCUCAUGAACCCGCCGCGUCUAAACAAGGACGGCGAUGACGACGAUGACGAAGAGGAGCCGCAGCUGCACUUUAUCGUCGCCCUCGCCACCCUCGCCGGCUCCACCGCCAUCAUCGCCCUCUGCGCCGAGUACAUGGUCGACUCCAUCGACUCCGUCACCCACGACGGCCCGCUCUCGGUCGAGUUCGUCGGCCUCAUUCUCCUGCCCAUUGUGGGCAACGCCGCCGAGCACGCGACGGCCGUCACCGUUGCCAUCAAGGACAAGAUGGACCUUGCUAUUGGCGUCGCCGUCGGCUCUAGCAUGCAGGUCGCGCUGUUUCUGAUUCCCCUGCUCGUCGUCAUCGGAUGGGGCAAGGGCAACGACCAAAUGAACCUCAGCUUCGACUUCUUCCAGGUCGCCGUCAUGUUUGUCGCCGUCCUCUUGACCAACUACCUCAUUGGCGAUGGCAAGAGCCAUUGGCUCGAGGGCUUCCUCCUCAUCUGCUUGUACGCCAUUAUUGCCGUCUGCUCCUUCUAUUAUCCCGACUCAGCCACCAACGAGCAACAGAGCAGCUCUGGGUAA